AUAUAAAGUGUUAAUAAAAUUGUUAAUUAUAAUUUUUGAACAAAUUAGAAAAUUUUAAAUAAAUUUAUUUAUGUGGCAUGGUAAGACCCUUUUCUUUCCAUUUUAUGUUACAUUUUUUUGAAUGAUUAUUUUUAUAGAACACAGUAUAUAUAUGUAUAUACAUUGUAAUAUAUUACGAUUUAAUCAUAAAGCUAAUACUAAACUAAACGGUUUAAUACAUCCAUAGAAAUGUUUAUUGGGGAAAAAUUAAUGCCUCUAUGUAACAUUAGGUUGCAUUCUGCUAUUUUUACGAUAUAGAUGUUUCUAAACUUGCAAAAAUUUUACUUAUUAUUCGGUUAAUAUGGAUGAGGUGGAAGUGGAAACAUUUAAUGUAAAUCAGUUUAUAAAAGAGGAGAGUAUCGAUUUGAGGAAUUUGGAGUUAAAUAAAUUUUAUAGGAAGUUAGAUAAAUAUUUGGUUAAUGGUACCAAUAAAUCUUAUUAUUGUAAUACUGGUAUCAGUGACCCGAAAAUACGUAAUCUUUGUUAUUCACUUGAAAAUAGGAUAUUUGAGGAUUGGAAUAAUAUAUGUCCUACAUUAGGAAGUUCGAUACAUAAGUGUUAUGAUUAUCUGAAUUAUUGGCUAUAUGGUAAACUAUCAGAAUAUAAUACUCAGCCUUUAGAUUCAUUUCUGUUUUACCAAGGAUUGAAAAAUAUUUUUACAGAUAAAUUUACUAGUGCGCCAACUGGCACAUACAAUAAACAUUUUCAACAGGUAACAUACCAAGAUACGUUAAAAAAUAAAAAAGAAUUAUACGAUUUUUCAGAGUAUUAUGAUUAUAUAAUUAGUGUUAUCAAUGGGAAAUCCUGCCAGUACGUAUUGCAUAUUUUGCAAUUAUAUGAUAAUCUCAAAAAUGAAUACAGUAGUGAAUUAUCUAAAAGUUAUGUCAAAGAAUUCAAGUUUUUUCAAAAUAAAAUUAAUACAGAAAGCAAGUUAACUUCGUUAAUAGAAAAAUGUGGCAUGUAUUAUACACCUAGUGCAUCUGAGAGAGGUGAUGAUGAAAGGAGUCCCCUACUAAAAAAAAAUGUUAAAGUAGAAAAGCCAAUACAUGUUCAGAUGCCUUGGGACCUUAAUAUGAAUACCAUCCAAGCAGAAUUACCUUCAAAGGAAAUAUACGACAAACUUAAUAGGGUGGAAGAAUCGAUCAAAUAUGAUAACUAUUGCAAAAAUAUUGAUACAACGAAUCAUGAGCUAAAACCCCUUUGUAGAAAAAUUGUAAGAAAUUUAAAAAAUAUAUCAGAAAAUAAAAUAAUGCAAACUCUAAAUUACGGAGAUCGUUGUCUGCAUUUCAUUUUCUGGGCUUAUGAUGAAAUAGGGAAAAAAUUUAAUUGGUCCUGGAGAAAUGUUUACAGUAUACCUGAAGCAAAAGGUCUUUUUGAUGUAUGGAGUAAAGUUAGUAUGGAAGCAAUGAAAAGUGGAAAUACCCAUAGAGCACAUAUGGCAAGCCAUGACAUCAAUCGUCAUUGCAUAAUGAGAGAUCGUACGGGUUCUUGUAUAAAACAUAAAUUUAUAACAGGGACAGAAGAUAGUUAUGCGUUAGAAAACUAUAAAACGUGUUUGUUUUACAUUAACUGUUCUUCUAAUGAAUGUAAGGAAAUGAAAGCUUUGUAUGAUUAUUUUUACAAUUUUAGUGAUAUCAAAAAUAAAGUUACUACUAACAGUACGUGCUCAAUGUAUAACACGUAUCUUAAUUAUAUUGCUAAGCUAUAUGAAAAAUAUAGGAAGUCUUCUUAUGGUGAUUGCUGUUUAAGGGGCGAUUGUGAUGACUUUUUCAAAUGUGAUGAGGAUUUAAAUCCGAAGAAUUUGCAACAGUUAUCAGUAUGUGGUAAUGUCCAAGGAUAUGGUCCACGAGGUUUAACUUCACGUGCUGGUCAGGGUACAUAUGAAGUUUCUCAUCGUUCUAGGCAUGACCAGAGAAAUCCAGAUGAUAUAUUUUCUUAUGAUAUAGAUCCUUCUUAUUACGAUGAAGACUUUUACGGAUUAGAGUAUAUAGAUGAUGAACGAGUUAGUGACACAGUGCAUGCGGCUCAAGAUCAAAGCGCAGGAAAUAAUUGGCGGUUAUUCGAUUUUUCAGGUUAUAAAAUAAAUNAAGAUUAUUUACUAUAA